ACCAAUCAGACCUCCAAAAUGUUGCUUUCACAAAACCCUACAUCUAAAAGUUUAAUACCCCAAUUAAACAUCAAAACACACUUGUAUACCAGUAUAUCUUGUUGAGAAAGGGGAUUUCAAGGCCUGUGCUGAUAGGAUCAUAAAAUGGCUAGCCAAGGGAAUAAUGCAUCUUUCUAUGAUUUAACUGUGAAGGAUGCUAAGGGAAACGAUGUUGACCUCAGUGUUUACAACGGAAAGGUUCUACUGAUUGUUAAUGUUGCAUCUCAGUGUGGCUUGACUAAUUCAAACUACACAGAGCUGAAUCAGCUGUAUGAGAAAUAUAAAAAUCAAGGUUUGGAGAUUCUGGCGUUUCCCUGCAAUCAGUUUGGAGCUCAGGAGCCAGGGAAUAAUGAAGCGAUCUUAGAGUUUGCUUGCACUCGCUUUAAGGCCGAAUUUCCCAUAUUCGAUAAGAUUGAGGUAAAUGGUGAGAAUGCUUCUCCAGUGUAUAAGUUCUUAAAGGCAGGGAGAUGGAUGAUUUUUGAGGAUGACAUUCAAUGGAAUUUUGCCAAGUUCCUUGUUGAUAAGAAUGGAAAAGUUGUUGAUCGUUAUUAUCCCACAACUUCCCCUCUCACCAUUGAGGGUAACAUCAAGAAGCUGUUGGAGAUUUCCUGAACACUUUGGAUGAAGAAAUGAAUAAAACCAGCGCUCUUGAUGUUUGGUUGGCACUAUUGAGUGUUGUUGUCCAUUUAAGACUUUGCGGAUUGUAUUGCAGAUCAUUAGACCCAGAUAUGGCAGUGGAUCAUAUAGCAAAUGCUGUGACAAAUCCGUUGUUAUUGUGUAAAAUAACCAAGUUAUCUUUCAUUCUA